GCGGGGUUAAAAGCGGUGCACACGUGCACGAGAAAGGAAGGCGGCGGCAUUGCUGAUUGGUGCUUGGAGAGCUGCAGUUACUGCUCUAUAAACGAUUGCCCAUGAUUGCCAAGUAUUCCUAGAAGUCCAGCCCAAGAAUAUACUGUCUUACCAUUUCAGCCUUGCUUACAUCUUCAUUGACUACCUCAAAGAAUUCUAAAAGUAAAAUGGCAGCCAGUGUCACCACAUUUAACAUUGACAUCCCUCGCUGGGACCAGAACACUUUUACGGGGCGUGUGAAGCACUUUUUCAACAUCACGGACCCCAGGACGCUGCUGGUGUCAGAACAUGAACUGGAUUCAGCAAAGGCAUUGGUGGAGAGCUGCAGGGCAGGCAUUGUGCCUCCAGGAACCAACCAAGAGCAGCUGUUCUAUGCCAAGAAGCUUUAUGACUCCGCUUUCCACCCUGACUCUGGUGAGAAGAUGAAUUUGAUAGGGAGGAUGUCAUUUCAAGUCCCUGGGGGAAUGGCUAUCACAGGCUGCAUGCUGCAGUUUUACAGGACUGUUCCAGCUGUAGUUUUCUGGCAGUGGGUGAAUCAGUCUUUCAAUGCCAUUGUGAACUACACCAACCGGAAUGCUGCCAGCCCCAUCUCCCUCAAGCAAAUUGGAGUUGCUUAUUUCACUGCUACCAGCACUGCCUUGGCAACUGCCGUAGGACUCAACCUUUACACCAAGAGAGCACCAUCCCUCGUGGCACGCUGGGUCCCCUUUGCAGCGGUAGCUGCUGCCAACUGCGUCAACAUCCCCUUGAUGAGGCAGCAGGAACUCAUAAAUGGGAUCACAGUGACUGAUGAGAAUGACAACCCUCUGGGCAAGUCCAGGAGAGCUGCGAUCAAGGGGAUAACUCAGGUGGUGGUUUCCCGUGUCGCCAUGGCUGCUCCUGGCAUGAUUUUGUUGCCCAUCAUAAUGGAGAGACUAGAAAAAUACCCUUUCAUGAAGAAAAUCCAGGUUCUCCAUGCUCCAUUGCAAACGAUACUUGUUGGAGGGUUCCUUGUGUUCAUGGUCCCAGUUGCCUGUGCACUCUUCCCACAACGAAGCUCCAUUGCCCUUUCACAUUUGGAGCCUGAUCUCAGGCAAUCGAUUGUGGCCAGACAUGGAGACAAUGUGCCUUAUGUCUAUUUUAACAAGGGAUUGUGAACGAAGCCUCUAUCUCGGGAACUGCCUGGACCUGUACUUGCGCUCUGCCUUUGAGCUUCCGAGAAGCAUCUUGUUAGCCAUUGUGAGAAAUGGGGUGCUGGGGUAGUUGGACCUUUGGCCUGAUCCAGUCUGGCUGUUAUUAAGCUCUUAGCUGUACAGCACUCCUCACAGGGAUAGGUGUUGUAACCUCACUAUGGAUUUUUCCUCCACCUUCCCGGCCAUAUAGUUCCUGCUCCGUUCUUAUACGUUAUCUGUGUUCUAUGCAACUUUGGGAUUUCCAACUGAAUGCUGCAUUUUGUCUUUCCAAGGCAAUCUCUGCCAAGCUUAUCUUUGUCAAAAUCUGUCUUGGUUCCUAAAGGGUACAA